AGAUUUUAAUCCAACUCAAGAAGCUCAAACUGAAACAUCUGUUCCAUCACAACUUCCAUCAAAAGAUAUACUUGUUGAAUAUUCCAAUACUUGUAAAGACACAUCUUCGGAAAAUCAAAGCCAUAUUACCUCUGAUGAAGAUACACUUGAUCCAUUAAAACUUUUUUCUCAUUUAGUCUU